GCAGAAGGCUACGUAAUUGGUAGCUGUAUCAAGCACAUCCCCAUUGCGGGUAGAGAUAUCACGUAUUUUAUUCAGCAACUCCUAAGGGAGAGAGAGAUGGGAAUUCCUCCUGAGCAGUCCCUGGAGACAGCAAAGGCUGUAAAGGAAAAGUACUGUUAUAUUUGUCCUGACAUAGUAAAAGAAUUUGCAAAGUAUGAUGUUGAUCCCCACAAAUGGAUUAAGCAAUACACGGGAAUCAACGCAAUCAAUAGAAACCCGUUUAUGAUAGAUGUCGGCUAUGAAAGAUUCCUCGGGCCGGAAAUCUUCUUUCAUCCAGAGUUUGCCAAUCCAGAUUUUAUGGACUCUAUUUCAGAUGUUGUUGAUGAAGUUAUACAGAACUGUCCCAUUGAUGUUCGGCGUCCUUUGUAUAAGAAUGUGGUGCUUUCAGGAGGAUCUACAAUGUUCAGAGAUUUUGGUCGUCGGUUACAGAGGGACUUGAAAAGAGUAGUAGAUGCUCGACUAAAAAUCAGCGAAGAGCUCAGUGGUGGUCGAAUCAAGCCCAAACCUGUUGAAGUUCAAGUGAUCAGUCAUCACAUGCAGCGCUAUGCAGUCUGGUUUGGCGGAUCGAUGCUCGCAUCCACGCCAGAGUUCUUUGAAGUGUGUCACACCAAGAAAGACUACGAGGAAUAUGGUCCUAGCGUUUGCCGUCACAAUCCAGUUUUUGGAAUUAUGUCCUGAGACUCACAGUGCAGUAGCAUCUGCUCUGCGGUCUGAUGGAGAACCUACUGGUGAUAAGGAGAAAAAAGACUUGGUGCAAAUACCAAA